GCUCCUUUGUGGAGAAAAGUCAAACAUUCAUUUAUCGUUACUCAAUUUGGAGUUGAACAGGCCAGUCCAAAGCCAUGUCUGGAGCCAUAGGAGGUCAAAGUCAACAGAAUGAUCAACCAAAAGAUGUCAGUUAUUCUGAGAAGCAUCAUCAAGAGGACACAAAGAAGGAUAGCAGCACACCACAAGUAGACCCAGUGGCACCUCUGGUACCUCAGCCAACUGCAUCCCAGCCAGCUAAGAAUCAACCAGCUGUGAGUCAGCCAGCCCAAACUCAGCCAGCUGUUAGCCAACCAGCUGUGAGCAAACCAACUGCGAGUCAACCUGCCCAAAGUCAGCCAGCCACAGGCCAACCAGCUGUGAACCAGCCAGCCACAGGCCAACCAGCUAGCUGUGAGUCAACCAACCGAAACUCAGCCAGCUGUGAGCCAACCAGCUGUGAGCCAACCAACUGUGAGUCAACCUGCCCAAACUCAGCCAGCCACAGGCCAACCAGCUGUGAACCAGCCAGCCACAGGCCAACCAGCUGUGAACCAGCCAGCUGUGAGUCAACCAACCGAAACUCAGCCAGCUGUGAGCCAACCAGCUGUGAGCCAACCAACUGUGAGUCAACCUGCCCAAACUCAGCCAGCCACAGGCCAACCAGCUGUGAACCAGCCAGCCACAGGCCAACCAGCUGUGAACCAGCCAGCUGUGAGUCAACCAACCGAAACUCAGCCAGCUGUGAGCCAACCAGCUGUGAGCCAACCAACUGUGAGUCAACCUGUCCAAACUCAGUCAGCCACAGGCCAACCAGCUGUGAACCAGCCAGCUGUAAGUCAACCAACCGAAACUCAGCCAGCUGUGAGCCAACCGGCUGUGAGCCAACCAGCUGUGAGUCAACCAGCCCAAACUCAGCCAGCCAACAGCAAAUCAGCUGGGUGUUAACCAGCCCAACUCAGCCAGCCAAGAGCCAGCCAACUGUGAGCCAACCAGCUGUGAGCCAACCAGCCCAAACUCAGCCAGCCAAGAGUGGCUUUGGUGCCAGGAACACUCUGGCCUUGAAGAUAUUUGUUUAA